UUUUUUUUUGCUUUUUUCUAUUUUCUUCGUCUGCUUCAGCGAAUCAUCAAAGUCUAAAUUUUAGAAAGGAACAAUUUCCUUCUCAUAAUUAAUAUACUAACACCUCAAAAUAAACUAAAAAAAGAAAAAGAAGUACACACAAAUUAUACUUCUUAUUAUAUUAUUCUCUUUGUUUCUGUCUCGUAUAUAAAAGACUCUUGCCCCCUUCCCCUUCACGGCGCAAUUCCGAAGUAUUUUCCUCUCUAUCUCACACCCUCUGUCUCUCUUUCUCCCCAGAAGUUCACACCAAAAGACUACGUCGUUUCAUAAAUUUCCUUACGCCAAAAAACAGAGAGGCAGCCGUUUCUUUUAAUUUUCCUUCUGGUUUCUGAUAGUUUUUUAUUCGCUGAAUUGUGCACUGCGUGAGAAUUGAGGACGCUGAAGCGUCGAUAGCCGUACAAUUGAGGUUCUCUUUACUUUUUAAUACGUUUUCGGUGAUUUUUACGGUUAGCAACUGAAAAUCCUUUUCAUAACCUGAGAAUUUGUUUCGUUUUACUCUGUUAAGUACUGCUGAUAGUAUAAAAAAGAGGAACAUAGGUUUUUGAGAAGGGUUUGUUGAAGGGGAUGGUAUAAGAAAAAUUCAGGGUUCGAUUUUUUUGUUAUUUACUAUAAUGGGUCUGGGUUCUUCUUUGACAGCCGUAUCGUUUUGUUCUUUCUUGUUGAAGGGGUAGAAUUGUUAUUUCAGAUGAGAGUCUUGGUCUUCUUAGUUCGUUCUUGAAUUUUGAAGAACCCUAGAAGAAGCCCUUUUAUUGAAAUAUAAGGAAAAACAAACUGCUAUGUCCUUUUAAUUGCAGAAGCGCUUAUUUACAGAAUUGCCCUUUUUGAGAAGAAUUUUGGAAACUCUUCAGUAAGAUUUUAUUAGUCAGCAAUACCAUAAUUGAUGUUUCUUUGAAUUGAUUGAUCAAUUGGUUGAUUUUUGACGGAAGUUUGGUGACCUUAAAAGUAUAUAUUGUAUAGAAGAAACACAAAGCAAAAACCUAAGUACAGUGUAUAGAAAAGUUUUGAAGAAUUUUGGAGUAUAAUAGUGAUCAACUUAGACAGUUCAUGUUAGGCAAGCUAUUGGAUAAGUGAAAGUGAAUUUAAGGGAACAGAAGAGUUUUGGGAAAUAUUGAGAAGUUUAUAAUCUGUAAAAAGAAAAUUAGAAAUGCAAAAAUUUUUCUUUCUCCAUGAUAACGUUUAGAGAGAGUUAUGGAAAGAAGUGAGCCUUCAUUGGUACCGGAAUGGUUGAAGAGCAGUGGCAAUACUAGUGGUAGUGGCAGUGGCAAUUCAAAUCACCAAUUUACAUCAUCAUCUUCGCACUCAGACAAUCAUUCUGCAUUGAGGCAGAGAAAUAAGUUGUCUGUUGGGAGUGAUCAUGAUAUAGGCCGGACACCUAUUUCAGAUAGGACCACUUCUGGGUAUUUUAGAAGGAGUCAUAGUAGCAACGGUUCUGCCCACUCACGGUCUUAUAGCAGUUUUGCUAAAGUUCACCGAGAAGGGGGUUUGGGAAAAGAUAUUAAUGGUUACCAUGAUAGGGAGAAGGCUGUCCUUAGUGACCAUAGUAACCGUAACUCCUCCGAUUCUCUGGAUAGCAUGCUUCCAAUCAUGUUUGAGAAGGAUGUCUUACGGCGUUCACAGUCUAUGAUAACUGGAAACUGCAGUGACAAAUGGCCUAGGAAAGUGACAAAUGAUUCAAGUGCCAACAACAAAAGCAAUUACAGCAGUGGUAAUGGUUUGCUUAGCAUGUUUAGCACUGCUGUUUGUAAUAAAUCUGCAUUUGAACGUGAUUUUCCUGUGCUUGGUGCUGAAGAAAGACAAGUUGGGUCAGAAAUAGGAAAGGUUUCAUCUCCUGGCUUGAGUACUUCUGUGCAGGGCUUGCCAGUGGGUACCUCAGCUGUUACUGGCAGUGAUGGCUGGACAUCAGCUCUAGCAGACAUUCCAGUUGCUGUGGGAAGCAGUGUUGCAGGUGUUGCAGUUGCUUCACAAAAUGUUUCUGUACGUUCUGCUUCUAUUGCUCCAGCUACGACUACAAGCCUUAAUAUGGCUGAAACAUUAGCUCAGAGGCCUUCUUGUGCUCGUACACCUCCCUCGUUAAAUGUUGGAACUCAAAGGCUUGAGGAGCUGGCUAUCAAACAGUCAAGGCAACUAAUACCCUUGGUGACAACAUCAACACCUAAAACUCUGGUGGUUAGUCCUUCAGAGAAAUCAAAAGCUAAAGCUGGGCAGCAGCUGCAUCCCUCACUCUCUCUUAAUUACACACGUGGUGGAUCUUCAAGAUCAGACAGUCUAAAAGUUUCUAAUGAGAGCAGGCUUCAGAUACUCAAACCAUCUCGAGAACCUAAUGGGGUCUCUUUAACUACAAAGGAUAAUUUGAGUCCUACUAAUGGAAGCAGCAAGUUAGUGAAUAGCCCACUAAGUGUCACUCCAUCAGCUGCUGCAUCUGCUCCUUUUAGGAACUCAGGCAAUAGCCCCAGGUUUGCCACUGCUGAUCGUAACCAGACUCCAAUCCGGAUAACCGUUGAGAAGAGACCAACAGCUCAAGCCCAGAGUAGGAAUGAUUUCUUCAACCUUCUAAAGAAGAAAUCUACUACAAACCCUGCUUCCUCUGUCCCUGAUCCCAACCCUGCUGUGUCACUGUCUGUCUCAGAGAAGUCUGAUGAACUUGGCACAAAAGAUUCCAGGAGUUCUGUUACUCUGCAUGAUGGGGGUGUUCCAUCAUCGGAUAUGUCAAUUGCUGACUUGCCAACUGACAAUUCGAGUGAAAGAACCCACAAUGGAGAUGCUUAUACUGAGUCUCAGCAGUGUUCUAGCAAUGGAGACAGGCAUUCAAGCCUUAAUGCGAUUCUUUUUCCUGAAGAGGAAGAGGAAAAAUUUUUACGUUCCCUUGGUUGGGAAGAGAAUGCUGGAGAUGAUGAAGGUCUUACGGAGGAGGAGAUUAGUGCCUUUUUCAAGGAGUACAUGAAACUGAAACCAUCUGGAAGACUUUUCCAUCGAAUGCAGUCUAUAGUUCCAUUAAACUCUAAUAGUCAUCUGGAUUGAGCUCAAUGGAUUCCAAUGGAGAAGCUUUGACUAUAAAAAAUUUUUAAUUGACUUGGGAAAAUCUGAUUGGAUUUUAGAAAAGAAAUAUAGGAUGCUAUGUGUCUGUUACUGUUUGUGAGAGUGGAUUGGAAUAAGCUACAAACUGAUCCAGUCCUAAGAAAAGCAGAGAUUUGUUCUUCCUUUUUUUUUUUUUUUUGACAUAGGAUUUCUAAGAUAUAAAAAGAUUUAGAGCUGAUGGUAGGAAUAGGUUUUUAUUAUGUCUGCAAUGUAAGGAUUUGCUGGGGGUUAAUAGUUUACUGUCUCUGGGUUUUAACUUGUGGCUGAGGGGCAAAAUUCAACAAAUAGCCUAUGUUUUUAUUCAUCAUUUGAAAAGGAAAAAAUAGGAAAGAAAAAUUAGUUCUUGUUUUUUU